AGCAGUAAAGUUACUGCUGCUCCUUGACAGCGUGGAGCUGAGCACUGCAACAGGGGAGGGAUGCCUUGAGGGAUGCUGGAGUCAAGUCCCCCCAAACACUGGGUGCAACUGUAAGCUAUCAAAAUGCUAGUGGGGAAAUAACAGGAGAAAAGCAAUGGAUUUCCAGGCACAGAGUCCUCUCCCUGCAUGAAGAGAGGAGCUGGCUGUGAUGUGCUGUGAAUUUCCAGAUGCUCAGAGGAGCUGUGCUGCCUUCUAGAGACUAAAGAGGGGGGUGAUGAUCCGCAUCCUUGACACAGCAAACUUCACUCUCCCCUUCAGAGCAAGCCAGAAGCUGACAUAAACUUUAAUUCGCAGCCCAGGACCUCAAGUGACAAGUGCUCUGCAGCACAGAGAAGCUUUGAUUGAUGCUUCACACCCUGAAGAUGGGUAGUGGCAGGUAUCUCAAACAACAUUGCUGAACACAGCAGCAGAAGCCUCCACCUAGCCAGGUUCCUAAGCUGAUUGUAAGGCAGAAUUAGGACUAACACAAGGAAAUUAAAAGCAUCAGUGAUUCCCUCUUGAAACUUUAAUUUGAGAGCCUUUGGAUUAUUUAUGUUACUUCAGUAGUGAAUCUUCCCAAUAAGACAGAAAUGAUUUUAACCUGCCAUUCCAAUAUUUCUUCUCUCAAAAUUCUGGAAAGUGGGAUAAACAGCCUCAGCUUUGUGUAGCCUCACUUCUGCACCUCAAUGAAAAUGCAAAAGGAGUUCAAUUUGACUUGGAAAUGGUGGCUAUUAACUGUGCUAUAAUGGUAAAAACUGAGGGAGAAAGGUAGAUUUUCUAACAUGUUUCUGGAUCCUUCUCAUUCCUGGUGCUGCACUUCUAAGAUGUUCUUAAAAACUCUUUCCCCCUGCAAAGCCAAGCAGACGCUGCUCGUGGGACCUUCUGAGAACUGAUCUCACCACUCUUUCUACCUGAAAAGGGAGUGAAAUACAACAGCCUCGUAUGAACGUUAUCAACCACUCACCAUGGCUUUCCUCCCUGGAAACUCCUCCGACUGCUCCAACUGCACCCACUCUGUGGGGCCUGUGAACGUUACAAAGGCCAUUUUAUUAGGUGUUAUUCUAGGGGGGCUGAUUGUUUUUGGGGUUUUGGGUAAUAUUCUGGUGAUUCUCUCUGUAGCCUGCCAUAGACACCUUCACAGUGUUACCCACUAUUAUAUCAUUAACCUGGCUAUAGCUGACCUCCUCUUGACUUCCACCGUCCUGCCCUUCUCAGCUACUAUGGAGAUUUUGGGCUACUGGGUCUUUGGGAGGAUCUUCUGCAACAUCUGGGCAGCUGUUGAUGUCCUGUGCUGCACUGCUUCCAUUAUGAGCCUCUGUAUCAUCUCGAUCGACAGAUACAUCGGGGUGAGCUACCCACUGAGAUACCCAAGUAUAGUGACAGAGAAGAGGGGUCUCCUGGCAUUACUGUGUGUUUGGGCAUUGUCCCUGGUGAUAUCGAUUGGACCUCUUUUUGGCUGGAAGGAACCAGCACCAGAAGAUGAGACCAUCUGUCAAAUCACUGAGGAGCCUGGCUACGUGUUAUUCUCUGCUCUAGGCUCCUUCUACCUCCCCCUGACUAUUAUCUUGGUGAUGUAUUGCCGAGUGUAUGUAGUGGCCAAAAGGGAAAACAAAGGGCUCACUUCUGGUCUGAAGACAGAGCGAUCUCGUUCUGAAGAAGUCACCCUACGGAUCCAUCGCAAAAAUGCUCCUGAAGCAAGCGGAUCAGCAUCCAACCCCAAGAGCAAGCAUCACUUCUCAGUGCGUCUCCUCAAGUUCUCCAGGGAAAAGAAAGCUGCCAAGACCCUGGGAAUAGUGGUGGGAUGCUUCGUGCUCUGCUGGCUUCCAUUUUUUGUAGUAAUGCCUCUUGGUUCUUUCUUUCCUGCAAUCAAACCCCCGGACACACUUUUUAAAAUAACAUUUUGGCUUGGCUAUUUAAACAGCUGCAUCAACCCCAUCAUCUAUCCCUGCUCCAGUCAGGAGUUUAAGAAAGCCUUCCAAAACGUCUUGAGAGCACAGUGCCUCCAGAGGAAGCAAGCAACAAAGAAGCAGUCCCCAAGCUUCAACCUCAACCAUGCCACUGGCCAAAGCACAGAAAGUGGCAAAGGUGUGGUCCGGAUCCCUGUUGGCUCAGGGGAAACCUUCUAUAAGAUUUCCAAGUCGGAUGGGGUCUGUGAAUGGAAGAUCUUCUCGGCUGUGCAAAGCAUGCCUGCCAAAACUGCAGUUUCUAAAGACUGUACUGUUGCCAAAGUGAAAAGUAAAGGUUUCCUCCAGGAAUGCUGCUGUGCAGGCACUUCAAGGAACCUCGUCCAUGAAAACUGUAAAGUGCCAACCAUUAAAAUACACACCAUGUCCCUCAGUGAAAACGGGGAGGACGUCUAAAGGACUCAACAUGUCCAGCAGCACGGGCUGCCAACUUGUGUUUCUGCUAAUGGGAUGUUGCUCUUUUAACUGGGAAGUAGAAGUAAAUGCUACAAUUGAAAGGAUACAGGGGAAACAAAUAACAUACUGUAAAACAGGACCAAAUCUUUUGAGGAGUGAUGUCUUUGAGUGCUGGUAGCCUGAACAAAGCCCCUUAAAGAUAGUGAAUGGCUUCAGUGGAUGGUGAGCACCCCUCAGUCUUCCGAGAGUCUGGCCCCUGCAAGUCACUUGCCAGGCAUUUAAAGGCUUUAUUUUUCACUGUAUUCCCCUGUUUCAGAGUUCCUACUGCUAUGAUUUAAGUGUGGUGGGGGAGAAAGAGCAAACGACAAAGAGCCCGUGCUGAUACUUUCAGACAGCUCCAAGUUUAGAGUCAUUUUGUGAUUCUGCACGCACACCCCUAAGCUAAACCUCAAUUCACCAGCUGGCAUAGCUGAGGUUGGGUGUUAGGCUCAGGUCUUGGGACAGUGUUUACAGAUCUCUGC